UUGGCGGGCCGUUUGAAUGGCGGAAGUGACGAGAGCCUGGCGAUGGCCGUUCCGCAGGGGCCCGAACGGCUGCUGGGUAGCCGGCCGCCUGCGGACGCCCGUGUGCCGUGAGGUCCGGCCUGUGCACACGCAGUCAGAUCCUUUGUAUUUAAAAUACACGGAAAUGAAAAGAAAGGUAAUGAACACUGGAAAGCUGAGAUUGAGUCCUAAUGAGGAAGCCUUCAUUUUGAAGGAAGAUUAUGAAAGAAGACGGAAACUAAGAUUGCUUCAGGUUCGAGAACAAGAAAGGGGCAUUGCCUUCCAAAUAAGAGAAGACAUAAAACAGAGGAAAAAUCAGCAGUUUUCACGUUUGGCAGGGGAACUAAGGGCAGAAUGGGAAAAAGCACAGAACCAGAAAAUACAGAACUUGGAAAAACUGUAUUUGGCAAGUUUAAGACAUAUGGGAGACGGACAUCGACAGGCGAAGGAAAAUGAACCUGAUUUGGAUGCUCUGGCGCGACGUGCAGCAGAAAGAAAAAGAAAAGCUGAAAUGAGGCAUAAAGAAGCCCUUAAAGUGCAGAAAAAUCAAAAAGAAAUGUUAAUGAAACAGAAAACCAGGCACAUAAAAGCCCGAAAGGAAGCUUUGCUUGUGGAAAAAGAGAGAUCAGCUAAAGUGGCCAGGCUGCCACCUCCUGUUCCAGCCCCUUUUGAGAACAUUGAACUAAACAGAAUUCCUUCAUUGAAAACCAAUAGUUCCACCUAUCAUCACAUUUCCACUUUUGUGAGUAGACAGAUGGACACAAAACAGCCAGAUGCUCAUUUGGCUGCUGAAGAAGAAGCUAGACGGUUGGAAGGACUUCGGAAGCAGGCAGCGCAGGAGAGAAUGGAGCAGCUUGAAAGGGCACAUGUGCGGGGAUCCCAAGCCUUGAAGAAGAUCCACCUGACCCAAACCCAAGAGAGACUACUGGAAGAACUCAAACAGCUGCAGAAAGAGGACCUGGCACGUAGGAGACAGACAGUGGCACAAAUGCCACCACGACUAGUAGAGCUGCCCCACAGACGCCUCGAGGGGAAAGAAGACUGGCAGCGAGAGCUGGAGUUCGCCUUUGAGGACAUGUACAGUGUAGACAGGAGUAAGGGACUUCAGCUGCGCUUUUCCGUGUUUGCAUGUAAGGUGAAAGGAAACGUGAUUUUGCAUCUUAAGCCAGAGCCUUUGCCUGCCAUGUCUGACCAGCUCCGGGAUGAAGAACUGGACCUCUCAAUGGAGCGAGAAAAUCAAGGUGAAAACGAGAACCCAGACGUGCCAGACACUGAAAUACUGUGUCCUAGUGCGACAGUGCCCUUUGGAAUGAAGACCCAACAAAUCCCCUCAAGAAUUCUUUUUAAAAGAUUGUUAAAUAAGAUUCGAAGCCAACAGUCUCUCUGGACAAUUAAAUCUGUGUCUGAGGAUGAAAGUGAAGUGACUACGAGCACCAGUGAGGUUGAGAGUAAAGCGCCCACCGUGGAAUCGGGAGCCAUGAUCCUUGAGGAAAGAACACUGUCCUCCGAGCAGGAGCAAGUCAUGGACAGUGAUAGGCUGACGAUUGAGUCUGGACCACUGAGUAGUGAAGAUAAGCCAUUUUUCUGCCAAGCAGAUGCUGGAAAGGAACAAGCAGUUGUUGCUUUUCCACCUGCCACAGCUGAGGCUCAGAGUUCAGUACUGCUUCAUCCUCAGGAAGAAGCAGUCAGAAUUCGAAUGUCAGCAAGGCACAAGCAGAUAAUGGAGAUAGAAGAGCAGAAGAGGAAGCAGUUGGAAUUACUUGAACAAAUUGAGCAACAGAAGUUAAGGUUAGAAACUGAUUGUUUUCGGGCUCAACUGGAAGAAGAAAACCGAAAGAAAACUCAACAGCCUGAGGUUUGCCCUGCUCCAAUGUCACAUACUGUGAUUUCUGAUGAAGACUGUCACAGGCAGAUGAUUCGUAACUAUCAACAUCAGCUUUUACAACAAAACAGGUUACAUAAGCAGUCUGUUGAAACUGCCAGGAAACGAUUACUCGAAUACCAAACUAUAUUAAGGGAAAGAUACCCAUCCAUGUCAUCCGCAUCACUGAUAUCUGAUUCUAUCAUGUUAGGACCACCACAGAAAUCUGAAAAGCCUGCUGCUGCAUCAGAGCACUGGGGUCUGUGUCAGAGGCUGAAGCCGAGUCCUAACAAAUACCAACCUGUGCAAUCCUCACAGACCCCUGGAUUAGAUCAAAGUCAUGUUCAGGCACUAAGACAGGACCUCUUUCCACAGAGGCAAGGAGAAACAGGUGCAUUAGAGAUGCUAGCCAAGCAGUUUGUGGGGUCACAGGAACAUCCACAGCAGUCCUCUCAUGUGGAAGCAAGCCAGAGGAACUAUAAAUUUGUCCCUAAAUAUCCUCAUGCACUUUCAAGAACUUUGUCUUAUGAUAGGCUACAAACAUUACAGGAUGCUGGAGAAGUAUCUAAACCACUGAGAGCAAUAACUUGUCAGACUUUAGAUUCCCAACAAAUAUCAUCAGAGGAUAGUGAAAAUAUAUCUUCUAAGCCAACUGAGCCUUCUUCAUUUCUCCCACUGGUGCCUGAACGUUCUUUUACUAGUCUCCCAGUUAAACUUGAAUCUGGAAAAGUUCAGGAACCCUUUACAACCAUGAGCAAAAGUAGAGUUUCCAUAAACCAGUCUGUAAUCAGUCAGAUGCAUGAUCAGCCUUUGUCAUCCUCAGACACAAUCACCACCCAGCAAGAUGACUUAAAGUUUCCUCCAAAACAGUUAGAACUGCAGAAGGAAGUUCUUCAAGCAAGCCAAGAGGCUCAGGAAAAGCUGGUUCUCUGUACACAGAAAGAACUGGAAAAGCAGGCAGGUCUUCCAGUAUUCAUCCCAUCAUCAGCUGGGGAUUUAGUUACUUCACUGCCAUCUGCCUCAGCUGAAUCAGGAAGAAUCCAGACAUUUUCAACAGAAAGUGAUGCCACUGUUUCCUCAGGCAAUAUGGACAAGCUUUGGGGUUUUUCACAACCUGUCUUAUCACAACAAACUAAUUUAGAAUUUCCCCAAGAACAGAUGGGUGUUCAGAAGGAUAACCUUCGGGCUAGGUGGGAAGCCCAGGAAGUCUUGUUGGCACAUAAACAGAGUAAACUGGACGACAUUGUAAAUUCUGAGCAGACUGGUCACUCUUGGCCACAUCAGGUGACGCAGCAGUCAUUUAGUUCAUUAUCAGUGACUGAUAGACUAUCUAGAAAAAUCCAGGAAAGGCCUUUACCUACAAACAAGAAAGGGCUUCUCCCAAGCCAGUCUGAAAUGUCAAGAUCUCAGGAUGGGUCUUCCAGUUCUCUACAGCAUAUCCUACCUCUACACAAUAGCUUAAAGUCGCUGCAAGAACGGCUGGCUACACAGAGGGAUGCAGCUCAGACGAGACAUGAAGCUCAAGAGGAAUUACUUUUACAUAGAGAAAGAAGUUUGGGAGACAUGAUGUCUGGGCCAGUGAAUUCACUUUCCUCGGUGGUUUCUCAGCAUUCAGAUGCUUCUCAUGUAGUUUCAGAACCUGGGCCUAAGGAGUCCUGGGAACUGUAUUCAUCUGAGGGCAGUAUAGUUCCCUCUAGUCAUUUGAUCACCCCGUCACUCGAGGAGGAGUCUCUUGACUUUCCUCAGCACAACCUGCCAACACAACAUUUUACAACACUCCAGGAACAGGCACACAUUCAGAGGGUUAUACUUGGUGCUAGAAAGGAGACUACGGAAUAUGCACACAGAGAAAAUAAAUUAGAAAAAGGACUUCGUUCUCAACAAACUGGUGCCCUGUCUUCAUCCCAGGUAGCCGAAUGGGAAAGACUCCAGGAGUUCAUAUCAGUUAAGAGUGAUAAUGCAGGGCCCUUAAGCCUUAAGAUUCCAGGAUUUUGGGAAAGACUGGAUAGAUUUUCACAACAUGCAUUUCCUCUGCAAAAUAAUUUGCAGGAACACCAAGAAUGGGUAAAUACAGAAAAAGAGAGUUUUCAGUUUAGUCCUCAAGCUCGGGAAAAUUCAUCUUCUCAACAAACAGGCUUUUCUUCCUUCAUACCCUCAUUAGGACCAUCAUCGUGUGUGUCCUUGCCUUCUGCUGACUCAGGUACAACACAGCAACCUCUUUCAACAGAGAGUGACAGUAAAGUAACAUCAAUCCAUCUUCAGAUACCAGAAUUGCAGGAUAGACUUUUAAAGAUAUCUCAACUUAUCCAGCCUCAGCAAGACAGUUUGAAGGCCAUUCAAAAACAAUUGGCUACCCAAAGGGAAGCCAUCGUCCAAUCUAGACAAGAAGCUCAUGACGAAAUAUUAGGAGAACGGAAGGAAAGAGUAUUCCCAAAGCAACCUAGUCCAUCUCCCCGGAUACCUCAGCAUUCACUUGCUUCAUUCCCUCUUUCUGACUCUGAAAGAACACAAGAACUUUGUUCAGCCAUCAGUGAUGAUGCAGUAUCUUCAGGUUCUGAGAUGCUGGGUUUGCCAGGCAGGGCUUUGGGUUUAUCACAUACUGAUUUAUUUCAGCAGAAUAAUCUGGCUGCACAUCCAGAACACCUCCAUGCACAAACAAAUGCCUUUCAUUCUACUGAGAAAGUGCAGGAAGAGAUGCUAUUUCCUAGACCAUGUGAGCAUUCUAUCCAACCUCAUCAUGGUGACUUGAAGACACUUCAACAGCAGUUAAAUGUGCAAAGGAAAGCCAUUAGAUCUGGCCAGGAAAUACAAGAGGAACUACUUCUGCAAAGGUUAAAUAAAUUGGAACAAAGGGUAUCUUGCAAACAGAUUAGCUCCUCUUCAUUCUCACCACAGGUCGCACUACCUGUAGCCAACUCUGAAGGAACCCUGCAGUCUUUCCCAACGAAAAGUGAUGACACUGAGAUAUCCGGCUCCCAUGGUGAGUAUCCGAGCUUUGCACAGCCCCUUCUACCUCAGCAGGAUAAGCUGACAAUGCAGAUGGGCUUAGAGAUGGUGUUUCAUAAAGAACUGCUUUUACACAAACAAAACAGCCAGAACAAAAGUGACUCUGUUGAGCAUGCCAUCCCUGCUUUGUUUCUCUCCAAGGAACCAGAGCACCCAUUCAUUCCAUUACCUUUUGCAGAAGCUAAGUCUAAAAGCAUUGGUGAGUUGUCCUUACCGAAAAAGGAGCACGGAGUCCCUUCUAGAGAUGCUGUGAUCCCAAGAUUGCAGGACAGACGUUUGAGUUUCUCCCCGCCUGUCUUAGCCCAGCACGACGACAUGAAUCUUCAGAAGCAGUUGAAUCUACAAAGAGAAGCUCUGCGUUGUAGGCAAAGAGCCCAAGAAGACUUACUUGUGCAGAGACAGACAGCCUUGCAGCAGCAAAUGGAAAAACACAGAGAAACUGUGAAAGAGUUAUUGAAUGUCAGUCAGGCAAGGACGUCCCCAGAUAAUGACCUGAAAACGCAAGGCCCUGCCUGGGGAGGCUCUGAUCAGGAGAGCCCUAGCGGUGAGAGUCUGGGCAAAGAACUGAGUGGUAGAGCCUCUAAGCCUCCUGUCUCCAAGGUGAAGUGUGGCUUGGACUUAAACCAGCAUGAGCUUAGUACUAUACAGGAGGUGGAGUCACCAGCAAGUGGCAGGACUUCCAUGCCAGGUAAAUCAGACUUUUAUCAAGACCGAGACCCCUUAAGAGUCUCAGUGAGCAGAGAACAAAGUUUUCUGGGGAGUCCACUGGCACAUGACCUAUUUGCUUGUCACCAGCCACCUGCCCAGAACAGCAGAAGCAAUGACUAUUAUGAAGCAGUUAACGUUGAGGAAUCUGAUGUUGAGGAUCAUGCAAUAUUGAGUCAUGCUGUCUCAGAAGAAGCGUGUGCAUCUCUGGGUCCAGUUGUGAAGCCAGAUGAUAAGGCUGAAACACAAGACAUUUCUCAGGAGCCGUUAUCUUCAGUAACUGUUUCUACUGGAAGCUUCUUAAGUUAUGAACUCACAGAUUUGAGCCUUACAGACCCAGAGUCAUUUUCGGAACAAAUGGAGCAUCAGGAACAAGAAGAGACUUCUCCUUUCAGUUGUGCACGUCCUUCAACCCCUGUUACUUAUCAACAGCUGCACUCCUUAGGUGCUGAUGACUUUCUGUUGUCCACAGAGGAAGAAAGGGCAUCCAGUCACACACGUGCUCAGCAGGUCAUAGACAAGGAUAUAAAUGAAGCAACUUUGAUACCUGGAAAAAGAGACUUGCAGGUUCCAGCUGUGGACUUUCCAGAAUUGGAACACGUAUUUCCACACUUGCAUCGUCAACUCUUUAGACCCUUAGAACCAUAUCUGGAUUUUGACUUAUGGUCCUCCUCUGGGAUUUCACAAGACAACAGAGACUUUUACGAGCAGAGAUCUACAAGUACAGCUUGUUUCACAGAACUGAGGGCAAGCUUGCAACCUAUUGGUAACCCUGCUCAUGCUGCAGCUCAGAGCUUUGCUGCUGAGGGAUCUUUCCAACAGCUUCUACCAGAACUCUCAUCACAGGAAAGCCAACAUGUUGAUUUGCCAAGUAUUUAUAGCAUUGAAGCAAGAGGUACUUCCCAGAAUAUGGAAACCCACAGCUCUUCUGAGCAGACUGAAGUACUACAGAAUAAGAAAAGAAGUGUUCAUUUUCAGUCUUCAGCAGAGAGCUUGAGUCCAGCCUACAGUUCAUCUGAUGAUGCUGUAUUUGAUCAGCUACACCUGCAGCACAGCACUCCAUGUGGUUCUACCUCUAGUGAGUGCUCAGGCAAACAAUUAGGAAGCAGAAAAGAAAUGCUGGGCUUUGAAGAGCUGUCAAGAAAAGCGGUUACAGUGUUACCAAGCCACAGACUUGCCGGAAAUGAAAGUGAAGUUCUUAAUCCACAUGUAGAAGAAACUGACUCUAAGGGGUCUCAUUCAAUAAGUACUGAAAAUGAAAAGUCUGUUCAGGACCCAAGAAAACUGUCUCAGCUAGCACAAGCACAGCACAUCAAGAAUUCUAAGUCAUUUUCAUUUCAGAGCUCUAUUCCAGUCUGGGAAACAGAAUCUGGCUAUGGUAUAAUGGAAGAACCAGAUCUCACUCUACUAAGUACCAGUGAUAUCAGCACCACUGAAACAGACCUAGCAAACCUAACUCUUGAAGAGAGAGAUAGUGAAGCACAGGGCUGUUUCCAGGCAGGUGCAUCUCUACCUCCCUUACCAGAAACCUCUGGCUAUGGAGCUGCAUCAGAAGAGCCCUGUACACACCAACCCCAAGUGGCACCUUCAGCCACACAGAAAAAGUCAUUUAUGGAGAGAUCCUACCAAAGGCAGAGAGAGAUGCGAAAUAAAAGUCAACCCCCUCAAACAGGUUCGUCCCUGAGCCGCCUGAAGGGUGUGAAUAAAGUUAGAGUAUCUCUCCCUGAAGACAGAAAGACCACACAAGCCCUCAUGCACCAAAGAGCACUAAGAUUAUAUAGGCAGUUAUCUGAGGUAAAACAGCAAAGAGAAGAAAAAGCAAAGCAAGAACUCUGUGCCCAAAAUAAAGCAAGAGCAAAAGAAUUUCAUAAGGUGAGCAAGAACCAGUUUUUUACCCUCAGUGGCACUAUUUCAAAGAAACCGGCUAAAUCUAAUUCUCAUUCCUUCUGCAGAAAACACUAGAGAAACUCCGAGCCAAAAAUACAUGCUGACUUCCUAUAAAAGCUGUGUAAAGCGUUUUCUUUUACUUUAAUGUAUAAAACUAGACAGAAUUAUUUAUUAUAAGCAAUAAAUUUUUAUUUAAAGGGGUUUGUUGUUCUUCAUCCAGGUCACAUGGGUUCAAGAUUUCUGAAGAGAGUUGAGAAUAAGUCUUAAAAUUUGUGAACUCAGGGAAAUGCAUGUAUCUUCUCAGAAAAACACAGCACUAUCAAGUGCCUGUUUUGUUCUGUGGAGAGCAUCUAUCUUUGGUCACAGCGUUAAGAGCUUUUGGUUUCACAGCCCAACAAGCCCUCUUUGAAAUGACCUUCACUGUCUCUGUUGUAAACAUACAUACCUUUCCCAAAGAUGCUGUCUGGUUCAGGCCUGCAUGACAAUAUGGGAAGAGUGAGUGACUGAGCCAUAUAAGUUAGAAACAAUCACUAGCUAACAAGAAGAUGGGCAACAGAAUGUCCCCAACAGGUUAACAGCUAGACAAGUAGCACAUACAAAACCUAAUGGGAAUUUUUUUAUGGUCAUGUCCACAGCAAAUGAGAAACUGAAUUUUCUCAAAGCCUUGGUAAUGACCAUUAUAAAAGUAACCCUGAAAUGAUGCCUGCCAUACUAAGCUACACAGAACCCUGUCUUGAAAAACCAAAAAAUAGAUGACUUGCCUUUGUUUUCUCUCUCCUUGGAUUAAAGACAAAUUCAAAGUCUUCUACCUGUUGAAAAAUGUGUUUUAAGUUUAUGUGGUAAAGAUUCUGUUCAUUUACUAUGUAUACAGCACUCUGCCUUCCUGUAUGCCUGCACCAGAUCUCAUUACAGAUGGUAGUAAGCCACUAUGUGGUUGCUGGGAAUUGAACUCAGUCAGGACAUACUGAUCCGAAGGGCAGCCUGUGUUCUUAAUCUCUGAGCCACUGCUCCAAGUAAAUCAAGUAAAAUCCACCUCCCCAAAUGAAAAGCGCUAAAUUCUGGUCUUCUUUAAUUGUUCUUUGCAAUAAAUAUUGUCUGAAACCAUGA